UACUUUUAACAUCUUUUCACUCCCGAGGACUCUUCUAGUUUUUUGUCCACUCAUUUUUUGUCAACACCUGCGAAAUCCCCUAACCUAUCGUAUAUUCGUAUCCUUUUAUCUUUCCUUUUCUUCGCAGCUUUCUGCAAUUGCUUCUUAGGGUUUGUCCGAGGCAACGUAUUUUCAACUGUAUGCGGUACAUUUUCGUUUCCACUUCCAAUUCUAAUUGAUCCGCGAUUGAUCACGGGAAAAGAAGGAAACAACACGUAUUUUGCUGUGGGAUUUGAUAUGCAUUGUUUUUUAUUAAAUGGGGCGGUGUAAAAUAUGUUUUUAUUGCGAAAGUCUAUUUUGUACAAUAGUUUGUUUGUAUAUAUUUUUUAUUAGAUAAUAAACAUAAACAUUGAGUAAUUUUUGACCGAGACAGAUAGUAUCAUUAUUUUUUUAUUUUGAGAAAUAUAAUGAUCAAAUGCCUUUUUAUGGUGAUUGUGCCUGUGAACCUCGUUUGGACCGUUUUCUCAGUUUUUGAAGAUGUUGCGCAUGUGUGAUUUUUGGGAGUAACUUGUCUGUGAUAGCAUUGUUGAGGAGCGCUCGUUAUUGAAAGUCUGUGUUGCUCUUGUUACCUCUGCUUUUGGAUCUCUCGUUUGCUGAUAAGAUAACUACUAUGGAAUUCGAUAAUAAUAUAUGAAAGGAGAAGGUGUGGUAUAGCCGUGGAGCAACCUAAAGCUUCACCCACCCUUAACGUGAUAGUAAGGAACAGCACGGAAUUGAUAGACAUGCGUACUCUAUACCCAACCGUCGCUGCUCCUCUUUCUCUUUCAAACUUUUCCCUUAGGACCAAUUUCCUUGUUCGAUGCAGUAACCUUCACUCGCAAGCGCAACUCGACACGCGCAAGUUAGUUCUUUCAGUGAAGGAAAAGCUUGAAAAAGAACACCAUAGCCUCCCUGUUGGAAGAAAUGGAAGGGAUGACGAAGAUAUGAUACUGUGGUUUCUCAAAGAUCGCAAGUUUUCUGUUGAAGAUGCUAUUUCCAAGUUGACUAAAGCGAUUAAAUGGCGUCAAGAUUUUGAGGUGUCUAAAUUGACCGAUGAAACUGUUAAAGAUGCUGCUCAAACUGGAAAAGGAUAUGUACACGACUUUCUAGAUAUUAAUGAUAGACCUGUGCUUGUGGUGGUUGGAUCAAAGCAUAUUCCUAUGGCACUGGACCCUGCAGAUGAUGAAAGGCUGUGCGUUUUCUUAAUUGAGAAGGCAUUGAGUAAGCUUCCAACUGGGAAAGAAAAACUACUUGGAAUAGUUGAUCUCAGAGGCUUCAGAACAGAAAAUGCUGAUCUUAAAUUCUUGACUUUCUUGUUUGAUGUAUUUUAUUAUUACUAUCCGAAGCGGUUGGAUCAAGUACUAUUUGUGGAUGCACCUUUUGUUUUUAAGCCAAUUUGGCAGCUAGCCAAGCCCUUGUUAAAAUCAUAUGCUUCCCUGGUAAGAUUUUGCUCUGCAGAAACUGUUAGGAAGGAAUAUUUUACAGAAGAAACUUUGCCACCAAACUUCAGAGAUUGAAAAUUGGAUGGAAUAAAAAAUUGCAGCAAAAGUUGCAAACACAUUCGUAUUAAGCGCGUUUAUCUUGGGACUUAGAAGGAGCAACAGCAACACAACAUUUAUUUCGUCAAAAACUUAGAAGAGCUAAAGGAAGGAAUUUGAUAAAAGCAGUGCUGAUAUAGGCACCCUUAAUGUUAAAAGCUUAAAGGAGCUAAAGAAAGGAAUGUAAGGAAAACAGUGCUGAUAUAGGCACCAUAUCCUAUUUCGCUUCCGUGAUAUGUAGGAAUGAGACCCCAAAAAAAAAAAAAAUCGUUUUCAGUUAAUUACUUCCGUUUUGGAAUUUUGUCAUAUGUUCUGACUAAUUUCUGUUGUACAAGCGGUACAAACGUGUGUUUUAAAUGCAUAUCAAUUUUUUUUUGGGUCA